AGACUUUAGAGCUAUGCCACAUAGCAACACAGAAGAUAAUAAAUACUUCAACUCUCUCUGAUUUUUUACCAAAAGCCCAUUUUAAGUUCAGUUUACUUUCCUUUUGUGUGGCUGGGGGGUCCUCACUCGGUACCUGCUCUCACUCCUAAACACCGAACCAAAUCUUUGUUGAUUAUCACAGCUUCUUUGUUCAGUUAGUUUUAGCUUUUGCUCAACUCAUCCAUAGAUUAGUGCAUAGGCAUACUUAACCAACUCAAUUUCUUUUGCAGGAUUCUUCAUAAAUUUCUGAGACAGUUUAUUUUAUUAACCGUGGAGGUCUUUCUCUCUGUUUUUGGGAAAAAAGAAUGUUUCUGUAUUAGCUGCAGUUCACAAAAAACAAAUUUUUGUUGACGAUGUUUCACCAAGCUGGGCAUAAUGGAAUUUCGGAUACAAGCAAUACCAAUCCUUCCUGGAAGUUCCUCUUUUUGUUUUACAUUUUUACUGUUCUUUUCUGUUUCGGAUCAUGAUUAAGGUUUACAAUUCGGAUUUCAAUAGGCUUUGUUAGAUUGCAAACUUGAGGCAAAGUUCAAUAUGGAUGAUGAUGGUGCUUCGAAACCCGAUUCUACAUCUGGCUCUUUCUCCGGUGCUGCCAUGGAUUUGGAUUUCAUGGAUGAACUCUUGUAUGAUGGAUGCUGGUUGGAGACCACUGAUGGGUUCAGCUAUCCACAGACAGGCUCCUCAACCUCUACCAUGACAGAUUCACGAUCUUUUCCUCUGAUCGAAUCCAGCAGCAGUCUUGCGAGUACAAACCCUCAUCAACAAAUCCACCAAGAAGCAACAGAAGAUAAUGUCCCGGAGAACCCUUCUACACCUCUCUGUAAUCUCAAUGUAAAGGAACUUACCGAGACUCAAUCUCAGCACUGCAGUGUCAAGAAUACCACAUCUUUAGUACAAUCUGAAGGUUUUCUAAAUGAAGGCAGUGAAUUGAGCAAAAGCUUGUGGAUUGGACCAAAGGCAGAUCCAGGGCCAUCUUCUUCAGUAAAACAGAGAUUAAUGGAUGCUAUCAAACAUUUGAAACAGUAUACAAAAGACUCAGAAGUCCUUGUUCAGAUAUGGGUGCCUACAAAGAAAGAAGGCAAGCGUGUUCUCACUACAUUUGACCAGCCAUGCUUUCUCAGUCUAAACAGUGAAAGUCUUGCAAAUUAUAGAUAUGUUUCAGAAACCUAUCAUUUCUCAGUGGAAGGGGAUUCAAAAGAUUUUCUUGGGUUGCCUGGUCGAGUUUUCUUGAGGAAGUUGCCUGAAUCAACUCCGGACGUUCGCUUCUUUAGAAGAGAGGAGUACCCACGUAAAAGUUAUGCAAAGCAAUAUAAUAUUAGCGGAUCACUUGCAGUUCCUGUCUUUGAAAGGGGUACUGGGACUUGCUUGGGGGUUGUUGAGGUUGUGACAACCUCUCGAAAUAUUAAUUAUCGUUCAGAGCUAGAAACUAUCUGCAAAGCUCUUGAGGCUUUUGAUUUAAGGAGUUCGCAUGACUUCUGUCCUCCAAGUGUAAAGGCUUGUAAAGAGUUUUGCCAAUCUGCAGUUCCGGAGAUAUCUGAGAUUUUGGGAUCUGUCUGCAAAAAACACAAGUUGCCUUUAGCUCUGACUUGGGCCAGAUGUUUCCAGCAAGGAAAAGGUGGAUGUCGACAUUUUGAUGAGAAGUUUGCUAAUUGUAUUUCCACUGUGGAUUCUGCUUGCUGCGUAGCUGAUAGAGAACUUUAUGCCUUCCAUAUAGCAUGCUCCGAGCUAUAUCUUUCUCUAGGUCAAGGGAUUGUUGGGAAAGCAUUCACAACAAACAAGCAGUGUUUUGCAACAGAUAUAACUUCUUUUAGCCAGACAGAUUAUCCUCUAUCACACCAUGCUAAGGUGCUCGAUUUGCAUGCUGCUGUUGCAAUUCCAUUGCGAAGCGCCUAUACUGGAUCAGCUGAUUUUGUCUUGGAGCUAUUCUUGCCAAAAGAUUGCCGGGACAUAGAAGAACAGAAGGCAAUGUGGGACUUGGUGCCCACUGCCAUACAACAGGCUUGUCAGAAUUUACAUGUUGUUAUGGAGAAGGAGCUUGAGGAAGAUAUCAGCUGGCAAAUUCCUGUUGCUCUAGAUGGAAGACAUAACAAACAAGUAACUCACAACAUUGCAUCAUCAUUGAAAGAACCCUUUGCAGAGGGAUCAUCCUGGAUUGCCCAGAUGGUGGAAGCUCAACGGAAAGGUAAAAAUGUCUGUGUCUCGUGGGAUAGUCCAAAAGAGCCUAAAGAAGAAUUCAAGGUAGCAACUCACUGGGGUGAUGCUCUAGAGGAAUUGUAUCAUAAGCAGGUUCUUACUGGGACUGGAUUACUUCAGCAAGAUGCUGCAACCAAAGAUAGUAUUACUGAUGGGUGCAGCAAUCCUUUUGCUGGGCAGCACUCAUCAGGAAACAGAAAAGCAGGUGAGAAGAGGCGGACCAAGACAGAGAAGACAAUCAGCUUGGAAGUUCUUCGACAGUACUUUGCAGGGAGCCUUAAAGAUGCUGCUAAGAGUAUUGGCGUAUGCCCCACCACUCUGAAAAGGAUAUGCAGACAACAUGGUAUCACCCGGUGGCCUUCUCGAAAGCUUAAGAAGGUUGGUCAUUCAUUAAAGAAACUCCAACUUGUGAUCGAUUCAGUUCAAGGUGCUGAAGGGGCCAUUCAGAUUGGUUCCUUCUAUACAACUUUUCCAGAAUUGACGUCUCCUAAUUAUGGCGGCAAUGGUCCUUUUACAUCAUUGAAGAUGAAUGAUGAUUCAAAGCCAGUUAACUUUCAACCUGAGAAUGGCUUCAUCAAUGCUGGAACCACUGCUUCAAAAUCCCCAUCCUCAUCUUGUAGUCAGAGCUCUGGAUCAAGUAUCUGUUGUUCCACUGGAGAAAAGCAUAAAAUCACCAACAAUGCUUUGAAUACUGGGGAUGGCUUAACAGUUGAAAAUCCAAGUGGUGUGCUAAAGAGAACACGUAGUGAUGCAGAGUUGCAUGCCUUGUAUCGUCCGGAAUCUAAACCACUUGCAAGAUCCCAAAGCCAUAAAUUAUUGGCUGAUCAUCCAAGUAUUGAUACUCUGCCUCCUUUUCCGAAAGGCAGUAGCCAGAGUUUACGAGAUAGUGGCACUUUUAGAGUUAAAGCCAAUUUCGGAGAAGACAAAGUCCGUUUCAGCUUGCAACCAAAUUGGGAUUUCAAGGACUUGCAACAGGAGCUUGCAAAGCGUUUUGGUAUACAUGAAGGAUGCAGAACUGAUCUCAAGUAUCUGGAUGAUGACCAUGAGUGGGUUCUGUUGACAUGUGAUGCUGACCUAGAGGAGUGUAAAGACAUAUACAGGGUGUCUCAGAACCACACAAUCAAAAUAUCUCUACAUCAAGCUUCACAACCCCUUCGGCAGUUGGGUGGAGAUAAAGAGGGAGCAUCACAUGAGUAGCAGCUUGUGAAGUGGAAACAGAUUCUGCUGGAAUCUUUUUUCCAGUGUUCUGUUAACAGCUAUUGAAUCUUGUUUUUAUAGUUCAGUGGCUAUUUAGACUGUAGAAGGAAAUAAGGAUGUUCUGUUAUGGAAACCAUUGGUUCAAAAGAUCUCAAUGGCUGCACAUAAAUGCUGUAGUUAAAUCGGUAGCAUUGGACUUUUACUACUGACAAAAUGGAUGCUCUAUGAAGAGGCUUGAUGCUUAUGUAUGAUGGCUUGAGUGCUUAUUA